AUGUUUUUUAGGUUCGCACUUUUAUUGGCCUCCUUUCAGGCCGGCCUCAGUCUCGAAUUGGGUCCUGGGUAUGAUCACUCAAUUGAGGACCUCGACAAAGACCUUCCUUUUUCUCAACCUGUCACGUUCGCCCACUUGGAAUGGCAAAGAUGCCUCGCACAGUCUCAUAAGAAUCCGUUAGACAUAGCGAUUCUGGGGUUUCCCUACGACACUUCAACUUCGUAUCGGCCUGGUGCUCGUUUCGGGCCCCGCGGUAUUCGCGCCGGCUCGUCUCGAGAGAAGAAAGGUCGCAGUUACAACACCGUGUGGGGAAUUGACCCUUACGAGCAAGGUUUGGAGAUUAUUGACUGCGGGGAUGUUCCAAUUACACCUUUUGAUGCGAGCCAUGCUUUUAAGCAGAUGGAACAGGCUUAUCGUCAGGUCUUGUAUCAUCCCACUUCUGAAGAAAGUGAGCCAAGAACUGCCUCUUGUCACGCCCCUAAUGGGACUAACGAUUUAUUCCCAGAUGAGUGGAAGCAUCCACGCAUCAUUAGUCUUGGUGGUGACCAUUCUAUCGUCUUACCAAUUCUCCGAAGUCUCAAAACGGUUUAUGGGCCCAUUUCUGUAAUCCAUCUUGAUUCUCACCUUGACACGUGGGAUCCUUACGAGGGAUAUACUGGUAUUGUAUCUAAUCAAUCUGCCAUUACUCACGGCACCUUCUUCUGGCAUGCUAGCCGCGAAGGAUGCAUCAGCAAAGGCACGAGCGUUCACGGCGGGCUGAGAACGAAAUUAUUCAGCCCCAAAGAUUAUGAGAUCGACAGAGAUGUGGUUGGUUUCACUUUAAUUGAGGCACAGGAAAUUGACGAGAUUGGUAUGGGAGGCAUCAUAUCUAAGGUUAGGAAAGCUGUUGGAAGCACCCCUACCUACCUAUCAAUUGACAUUGAUGUUCUCGACCCGAGCAUUGCUCCUGCAACCGGCACUCCUGAGUCCGGUGGAUGGACAUCUCGGGAACUGAAAAGGUUUCUAAAGGGACUUGAAGGUAUCAAUUUAGUUGGUGCCGAUGUGGUGGAAGUCAGUCCUCCUUAUGACUCGGUUGCGGAGACCACCUCAGUCGUCGCAGCAGAUUUGAUUGUGGAUAUUCUGGCUGGAAUGGCCAAGACAACGCGAUACGAAAAGUCUAUUGAGAAAGAAGAACUUUAG